GAGUUGCUAAGAAGUUGCAGAUUUUUAAAUUUGAUUUUCUUCGUCUGUCUUUGUCAUCCCAUUUCAGACCACGCGUUAAGCAAUACUCCCACUUCGUUAAACUUGCGUUUAAAAAGCAAUUAACUGGUUAACAUACGAGCCUAAUCAUGGCUCUUAUGGCUUGACGGUGUGUGUGUAUAUAUAUACAUAUAUUUAUGUGUGUAUGCUAAAUCCAGUCAUUAUGUGUUUGUACUAACCCAAAACGUCUACUACAAGUUUGUUUGCGUUCUGGGACAUCUCAUUUUACUCAUUCUAGUUCACUCCGAUCAACGAUAUAUCCCAAGUAAAAGGGCAGUUAGGAUUUCAUUUGUGCUGUCAGAAAUGGAGUCUCUCUCUCACUUUGAGAGUACAGUUCUAAUGAGAAGAUCAUCAAAUUCUAGCCCAGUUUCAAGUUCCUGGAACAGAGCUGGCGCUGGAUUAUCUCCUCAGUUUUAUUCUUGUAAAGGAAUAUCUCCAAGAGCAUCUUCUUCGAGUAUUUCUAACGAUACUUACCAAGCAAAAAAUGAAGAAAAACUUGGAGGUGGAAAUUAUUUAUAUCAGAUAAAUGGAACAAAAGGGUUAUAUCCACCUCUCUUCUCCAGGAACCAGAGAGUAUUUGAAGCCAUUGAUGAUGAAUAUGGUGGAGUCAUAGUUGAUCCACAACAAUUACCAACUAAUCCUACUACAUUUUCCUCUAUGCUUCGCCACUCUAUUUCUCAUUGGAGAGCUUUGGAGAAGAAGGGAGUUUGGCUGAAGUUGCCGGUGGAACGAUCAGAAUUGGUUCCAGUUGCCGUGAAAGCAGGAUUUGAAUACCAUCAUGCUGAGAGAGAUUAUGUGAUGCUCACAUACUGGAUUCCUGAUGGACCUUGUAUGCUUCCUGCUAAUGCUUCACACCAAGUUGGAGUUGGGGGAUUCGUCAUCAAUCAUAAAAACGAGGUUCUUGUGGUCCAAGAGAAAUACUGUGCUCCAGCUUCUGUCGGUCUAUGGAAACUUCCAACUGGUUUCAUUCAAGAGUCAGAGGAGAUUUUUACGGGAGCCGUCCGUGAAGUCAAGGAAGAAACCGGGAUUGAUACAGAGUUUGUAGAGGUUGUAGCAUUCAGGCAUGCUCACAACGUGGCUUUUGAAAAGUCAGAUUUGUUCUUCAUCUGCAUGCUAAAACCUCUAUCAACUAAAAUUAAGGUUGAUGAUCUUGAAAUUCAAGCUGCCAAGUGGAUGCCAUUAGUUGAGUUCGUAAAGCAACCAAUGAUUCAAGACGAUUGUAUGUUCAAGAGAGUGAUUGACAUUUGCAUUGCGCGGCUAGGCAAGCGUUACUGUGGUUUAUCUGUACAUCAACUUGUCUCAACAUUUGAUGGCAAGACAUCUUCUUUGUACUAUAAUAUUGUUGACACACAAGAUAUCAACUGUAUCGGCAACUGAUAUACGGAAGCUCCACUAUCUAUGGGGGCUUAUACGUAGCCUGCCUGCUGUACGAGAAAUACAAAGGUUGUGCCUAUCUAGAUUAUCUGCUCAGUGGCUUAAACAGUGUGCAAGUAUUUAAAGGUUGACACUGGAGAUUGCAGCUCAUAUUUUUAACACCCAUAUAUAUGAAUAGAAUACUUUUAUAAUGUAAAUAUAAUUUUUCUAAUGUUGAGAUUGGCUGCUAUAUGCGUGAUUAUUCACAAAUAUAUUUAUUUCAUUUGUCAUUUUGGUUCAUAAAGAAGGAAAUAGCUUAGAUUUAAAUUAUUAGCAGUAGUUUUUCAAUUAUGCAGUUUAUGGAUGAGACCCA